CUAGAUUCAAGCGAGAUUUCUGUUGUGUGUGUCCAGGCAUAUUGGAAUUAGUGACACAAAAUGAUAGUCUUGCUUCAUUUAUUGACGGUGUGAGACCAAUUUAUGCUGGUCUUAGUCCAAGCUUUGGUGAGGAUACUAGGUUCUUUGACAAGGCAGUAGCAGCAAAGAGAAACUGGUAGUUAUUUCCUUAUUGUUGGAGGGGCCAUGGUGGGUAUAUGCAUUUGAGGUGAAUGCGAAGCGCAUAAUUAUACUCGACAAUUUGCAUUCUACACCAGAAGAUGACAAACGAGAUAAACUCGAUGCAUAUGUGGGGAGACUGUGUGAGGAUAUGGCAAACAUUGCUAUUCCUGCAUUCGUUCGGACUCCGUAUGGCCCAACUCGUUCCUACGCUAGGGUUCCAAAGCAACCGAACAACUUUGACUGUGGCAUGUACGUUAUUAAGUUCAUGAAAAGUUGGACAGAAGAUCGUGAACUUUACGAAUGGGACAAGGAUUCACUCAGAUCAUACAAGAUGGAGUUGAUGCUAGAUAUAAUUUGUGGCCCACACAAUGUAUUGGUUCACCAGCUUAUUUCAUUAUUGAAUGAUAAGGUUAAACCUGUUCGGGGCAAUGCAUCACGGAACAAGAAGAAGGAAGUUAGUUUACCAUACACUGCACUUAGCACACGGUCAUUGAUAGAACGUGCGGAAGGGUUACCGAAGAGGGCAAUGCGCAAAGGGAGGAAGAAGUUGCUUACUUAGGAUUAGUUACAAUGAA